UGUUGGUGUGGUGUGGUUGCUGAGACAUAUAAGAAGAAAAAAAACCAAACUCAAAACAGAAGUCGUGGAGAGGGAGGGGGUUUGGUUUAGUUUUGAGAUUAGUUUGGACUAUGUCUGAUCAUUUCUCGGCAACCAACUUCUCUCUCUCUCGUCAUCAAGAAAUGACUUCUUCUUCAUCCUCAUCCUCCUUUUGCACUCUCUCCUUCCCAUUUCUCUUGUUUUCUUCCUAUUCUUUGUAGCCUAGCCUCUUUCAUUCCUUCUUCUCCUUUGUAUGCUGCAUUAAUACGAUGUCGUCGUCUUUGAAGUUGAAGAAAAGAGAUUAUGGAGCUGAACCCGACAAGAGAAAGCUGGUCAUCGCCGGAAUUCGCCACCAGUUGCUACUUCUCCUUCGUCGCCGUCACCGUCUUUUUCCUCUGGUCUCUGCCGUCUCCGGCUGUCUCCUCCUCCUCCUCUUCUCAUUUUCCAUCCUUUCUCCUCCUCCCUUGAUCCAUCCAAACCAUCUAGUGUCUCUGGAACCCAAUCCACAUCAAGCCACUCCCUUCCGUGUACCCGAAAAUGGCGGAACCUCCGAUCGCAAGUUAUGGAGCUCGAGAUUGUCCAACUUCUACUAUGCAUGCAGCAAUGCCACUGACUCCUUUCAAGGUAAAGUUACGGAUGAGAGAACACAAACCAAUCGAUAUUUACUGAUCGCUACAAGCGGAGGGCUGAACCAGCAGCGAACAGGGAUAAUAGAUGCUGUAGUUGCGGCUUACAUUCUCAACGCCACUCUUGUGGUCCCUAAGCUUGACCAGAAAUCGUAUUGGAAGGACACCAGCAACUUUGAGGAGAUAUUUGACAUUGAUUGGUUCAUUUCUCAUCUCUCCAAAGACGUGAAGAUCGUCAAGGAGCUUCCUAAAGAAGAGCAGUCAAAAAUAUCCAGCAGCCUACAGUCCAUACGUGUCCCAAGGAAGUGCACACCCUCUUGCUACCUACAGCGUGUUCUGCCCAUACUUAAUAAGAAACAUGUUGUUCAACUCUCCAAAUUCGAUUAUAGGUUGUCCAACGCUCUGGAUACAGAACUCCAGAAGCUGAGGUGUAGAGUGAACUACCAUGCGGUGAGAUAUACAGAGUCUAUCAACAGGAUGGGUCAAUUGCUGGUUGACCGGAUGAGAAACAAAGCCAAACAUUUCGUUGCCCUUCAUCUCAGGUUCGAACCUGAUAUGUUGGCCUUCUCCGGAUGCUAUUAUGGCGGAGGUCAGAAAGAGAGACUCGAACUCGGAGCUAUGAGAAGAAGGUGGAAAACGUUACAUGCGGCCAACCCUGAAAAGGUACGGCGGCACGGGAGAUGUCCCCUGACGCCAGAGGAGAUUGGUCUGAUGCUCAGAGGCUUAGGCUUUGGGAAAGAGGUUCACUUGUAUGUAGCAUCAGGCGAAGUAUACGGAGGGGAGGAUACACUGGCACCGUUAAGAGAUCUCUUUCCAAAUCUCCAUACUAAAGAGACAUUGACUUCCAAGAAAGAACUGGCUCCGUUUGCCAACUUUUCAUCACGCAUGGCUGCUCUUGACUUCAUUGUCUGUGAUGAGAGUGACGCAUUUGUCACCAACAACAACGGAAACAUGGCUAGAAUCUUAGCUGGAAGAAGGAGAUACCUGGGACACAAAGUAACCAUCCGUCCAAACGCAAAGAAACUCUACCAAGUCUUCAGUAACAGAAAAAACAUGACAUGGGAUGAUUUCUCAUCCAAGGUCAGAAGAUACCAGAAAGGUUUCAUGGGGGAACCAGAUGAAAUGAAACCGGGAGAGGGCGAGUUCCAUGAGAACCCAGCCUCCUGCAUUUGUCGAACCUCUGAAGAAGCAAGAGUAAGAGCAAAAGCAAAACAUCUAAAUGAAGAUGAACAUAACUCAUCAGAGUACUCAGACAUUGGCAAUGUCCCCAUAGCCGGUAGAAGCGAUUUGGAUCAUUCAAAAGCUGAUGAAGUGAUCUUCUCAGACUAAGCUCCUGUUUUCUUAUACACGAACGAAUCAGAAUUAUUUUCAAUUCAGAUUUUUUUUUUUUUAAACAAUUUAUAAAUGUUAAGUUGCAAGGUUACAGCUAGAAAGAAUGGUGUAUAUAUAUAGACCUUUCCUUUUGUACAUACAUACACACAUACUCCCUUA